CUCCCUGUAUAAAUCAGUUUGAAUUGCUAAGUAUGCCUUACGACACCAUUGUUUACAGGCCUAAUAUAUAUUUUAAAAAUGCUAAAAACAUUCUCUUUCAGAAGUUGCAUGUAUAAUUAAAAGACAAACCAAAAAGAAUGGAACAUACGGUUUUCAAUAUGAUACGCAGUGAUUGUAGUCGAACUUUCAAUUCAAGGAUGAGAGUUGAUUUUAAAACACAUUUUAAGCCGGCCCUCAGCUCUCCACCAUUAAAACCGGAAGUAUGCUAGUCCAUCAUGCAUUAGAAUUGCAAAGAUGGCGGCGUCCAGGAGUGAUGCCACGUCCCUCUCAACCUUCGAUGGGGUCGAAAACCUUGUAAACAUGACCGAUAUUCAGAAGGCUUACGAUGAAUUAAGUAGAGAAGAGGAGGAUAUGAACACAGAGCUAGACAGUCUCUUAGAACAUCAGUCAUCACUGGAGAAGAAGAUGAGUGGUCUUCAUAAGAUCCUACCUAAUCUGCAGAUUCUUGAAACAGAUUCUAAACAGCUUUCCAGUAUGGUUUCCUUUACAUCCACCCUUGCUGAAAAUGUCAGCAGCAAGGUCCGGCAGCUAGAUGUGGCUAAAAGCCAAGUCACAGCUUGCAUAACUCGAGUAGAAGACAUCUUGGAUCUGAAGUUUUGUACUGAUGGAGUGCAGACGGCUCUUCAGAAUGAGGACUAUGAAAAGGCUGCGGGUCAUGUUCACAGGUUCAGGAGUUUGGAUGAGAACAUUUUAAGAAUGUCAGAAGAAUCGGAUGAAGGGGGCACACUGGACAUGUCCUUUGGACUUCUACAAGAAGCAGAGGAAAAGCUCAAGUCUAUUGUUAACACCAAGUUUGAUGCUGCAGUCCAUUCCGGAGAUUUUGCAUCCAUAGAAAGAUUCUUCAAGAUCUUUCCACUGAUUGGUCUACACGAGGAAGGGCUGGCUAAAUUUGGAAAAUUUUUGUCUUCACAGAUAUCAGAAAAAGGUCGUGGUAAUUUGAAGAUAGCUGAGUCUAUGGGCAGCCGUGACAAGAAUGCCAAUGUGAUCUAUGCAGAAACAGCCACCAAGUUGUUUGAAGGCAUAGCCAAUGUGGUGGAAGUUAGGCAGCCAUUAGUGGAAACGUACUUUGGUUCAGGUAGACUUUUUUACCUCAUGAAAAUCCUUCAAAAGGAGUGUGAUAGACAGGCCAGACAGAUACUAGAAAAGUUCAAACUGAAGCGAGACUUUGACUCUAUGGUUCAGCAGGUCCAGCAGAAUGCCGUCUUCCAUCGUCCUAAUGCAACCGAAAAAUUUGAUCCUAAAGUUUUAGAUGUAUUAUUAUCUGAAGUGGUGCUACUAAAUACCAGAACAGAGCUCUACCUGCGAUUUUUCAGAAGGAGGGCUGUGGGUGAUAUGGAAUUGGCAUAUAGUAAUGAAACUCUUAAGGAAAAAGUUAUGGAAAUAGACAGUUUUAUAUCUAACUGUGAUUUAAACCGUCUAAUGCAAGACUUAAUAGGAAAUUACAUCAUGAUGGAAGAAUAUUUUAUGAGAGAAAUGGUCUUAAAGGCUGUUUCCAUGGAUACAGUAGACAUGACUUCACAUACAUCCAGUAUGGUGGAUGACUCAUUUUAUAUAGUUAAGAAGUGUGUCAGGAGAGCCAUUUCAAGUUCCAGUGUGGACGGGCUUUGUGCAAUGUUGAACCACGCCAGUACUGUGUUAGAACAGGACUUCAGGGAGGUGUUGUUCUCACGAGUGAGGGCCGGUUUUCCUUCAGGCUUCGAUCUCUCUCAGGCCUAUAAUAUGGUGCAGUCCAGCAUACAGCAAGGAAAAUUACAGAGUGCUGACCAGGAGAAGGCCAAGACAACCUUCCUGGCAGCCAUGAAUAAUGCAGAAGUCAGUUGUGAAUAUUGCAAAUCCUUGAAAUCCAAUAUAGAGGAAGAAGUACAGAGGUUAUUUGGUAAAAGUUCUGAGCAGAGUAAAGCAAAACUACAGAGUUGUGUGACAGACUUGGGUAAUGUGGCAGUGCGAUUAAAAGAUGUGGUAAACUUUGGGUUUUCCCAGCUUAACAGUAGUGCCAUUAAGCCGCGGUUAAAACCUUUAACAGAUGCCUUCCUGUCCACUAGUCACAACGUGUCUGAGGAUGAUUUCUCCAAUUAUGAAGCCAAUGAUCCAUGGGUCCAGUCCUACAUUUUGCAAGUAGAUGGCAUGUUAGCCACAUUCAAAAGUGCUCUUUCACCGGGAAACUAUGACACAUUUGUUGGUCAUGUGACUACAGAGGUGACAUCACAGUUAGAAAAGGCAGUUCUCAAAACAAGUUUUAACAGACUGGGUGGUUUACAGUUUGACAAAGAGUUACGUGCCCUUGUUGGGUAUUUAUCCUCUGUUACCACAUGGACAAUCAGAGAUAAAUUUGCACGAUUAACACAAAUGGCAACCAUUCUCAACCUGGAGAGAGUGAAUGAGAUUUUAGAUUACUGGGGGCCAAAUUCUGGACCAUUGACAUGGAGGUUGACCCCUACAGAGGUCAGAAAUAUUCUCUCAUUGAGGGUGGACUUCAGAUCUGAAGAAAUCAAGAAACUCAAAUUAUAAACCUUGGCAGCUGUGAUACAAACUCUGUGUUCAUCUCCUGAUUUUUGUGUGAUGUUUCUCAUCUGAAAUGUGAUGAAUUUUAUGUGUAUGUAGUAUUCAGAGAAAGUAGUGCAAAUGUUUUGUUUACCUUUAAUGUGUAAAUGGAGUGGGUUUGAUGAAAAGGGGUCUAUAAGUUUCUACUGUAUUUUGUAUUGGACCAAAAAUGAUAAAGUUGAGGAUAGAGUGUCAAAGUUUUUUUACUAGUUGAAGAUACAAAGAAUUGAAAUCCGUAUAUUUUCCAGGAAGAUAUUUACCGUUUAAUUAUGAUGUCAAGAAUACAUCAAUCGCAUUGUAAUUUGAUAAAAAAGGACAGGAAAUGGGUCUUACUUUGUAACUUUUUCUUAGAAAAUAUAGAGCAGAGAUGUAGAGCAAAAAGAUAUGCAUACAUGUACAUGUGGUUGAAUGUGUUGGUACAUCUGUAGCAUGUGUUGAUACAUCUGUAGCAGGUGUUGAUACAUCUGUAGCAUGUGUUGGUACAUCUGUAGCAUGUGUUGAUACAUCUGUAGCAUGUGUUGAUACAUCUGUAGCAGGUGUUGGUACAUCUGUAGCAGAUGUUGGUACAUCUGUAGCGUGUGUUGAUACAUCUGUAGCAGGUGUUGGUACAUCUGUAGCGGGUGUUGAUACAUCUGUAGCGGGUGUUGGUACAUCUGUAGCAGGUGUUGGUACAUCUGUAGCAGGUGUUGAUACAUCUGUAGCAGGUGUUGAUACAUCUGUAGCAUGUGUUAGUUUUUUUUAUGUUGCUCUAUAGUUGUGCCCAUCAUUUUGUAAAGAAAAGCAUGCAAUGAAAUUGCUUAUUUUCAUGUAAUUUUUUUUUAAGUUAAGGAAGUUUGUUGGAAUUAUGACAUCAUUCACAGAAACUGCAAACAGUAUACAAUAAAGCUGCAUGUUAUUGCAGAAGUAUUUAGGACCAGAUAUGGGCACAAUCAUACCUUGUUCUUUGUGUGAAUGCAAGAUAUGUUUAGUAAUUUAUGUGUUUUCUAGAGUAAGUUGUGUUUAAUAAUUUAUGUAUUUUCUAGUGCAAGUCAUGUUUAUUAAUUUAUGUAUUUUCUUGUGCAAGUUAUGUUUAUUAAUAUAUGUAUUUUUAUUGACUUGAUUUGUUCAUGUGCUUUGUAAAAGGUGAACAUCAAAUCAAUUUCAUACAGAAUUUUCUGGACAGGCCUUGGAAGUGUGAAUAGUUAAAAUGAUAACUUGGGAUGGAUGCAUUUAAGAAUAAGAAACAUAAUACAAAUACUUCACAUUGGGCUUUUUUCCCCACAUUCAUCCCAUGAAUAAUCUACAUAUCAGCAUGUAUCAAAUGUACUGAUCUGUACUGUGUAACAGUGUUUACGACACAUACGAGGUAGUCAUUUAAUCUACAAUAAACGUUCUUCCCAGACAACAAAUCAUUGUGAAUUCAUUACAGAAACCAGGUUCAUGAACCUCAACUUUUACAUUGUUACAUUCUGUAAUAUCUAAACAUAAUAUUACAAAGUAGAAUAUUUACAGUUCCAAUAUUUUUGCCAUUAAUAUCUUUGCAAAUUGUAAAGAUAGCCUUUUUUCAUGAAUGUGUUGCAGUUGUAAGCAAUGUGCCUGUGACUCUUGAUAAGUAUUGUACGUUUUUUUUAAUGGUUGGGAUUCCGACAGAAAUAGAAUGUAAAUAUUUCAUUUUUGAAAAUACAUGAGGGUAUGAACUGCAACACUUCUUGCCAGCAUACUUUUCAUGAAGUGCUAACAUGCCGCAUGAAGUGCUAACGUGCCUCAUGAAGUAUGCCAGCUGCUGGCAGCAUGAUGCCUCACAGUUUAUAUCUUCAUGUAUCUUCAAAAAUGAAAUUUAUUUCUGAAAUCUUUCCUUGGUUUAAGCAUUUCAAGAGACAGGUGACUGGUGUGUUGGAGUUCAUUAAGUUAAUACUAUUGUAAAUACUACAUGUGUUUCUUGUUACUGAAGAAGAUUUUUGAAUUCUUUUGUCACAAAAAUACUGUUUCUUGUUUUCGGUUUAUUUUUUCUUCUUCUAAAUUUUAUGGAUUUCUGGUGUGAAGAGAGUACACUGCAACAUUGUCCAAUUAUUGAAAAAAUGACAGCAAAUGGAUUGGCCCUCAUAGUAGCUUGUAGUUGUUUUAAGUGCUAUUUAAUGUAUUUAUCAUAAAUCCUUUUACUGUGAUAUGAAGUGGGUACCAUGCCUCUUUCAGAUUGACAAUCUGAUAUUUUCUGUUUUGAAAUGUUUAGAAAUCAUCUCUGCAUAUUUGUAACAUCCUAAUUUUUUAAGAAAUUGGAAAUAAGUUGCAUGUACAUUAAUCUUGCCAAGUAAAAAACAUUCAGCAAUUAUAUUAUUUUAGCAAAUGUUACGAUUAAGACUUGAAUGAGAUUUUUUGUAAAAUGCAUACUGUUCUGUUUCUGUGGGAUUACGUUGAGCAAAAAGCAUCUGGGUAUAUUCAUGUAACAUGUUUGUUAUUUUUCAGUUUUACUGAAUACAAUUACAUAAAUCUGAAAAAUAAAUGGUUUGUAUUAAAA